AUAAGUUUUCUAGUAGAUCUAAUAUCAAUGGAUUUCCCUAAAGAGUUUCCAAUUUUAUUUAUGAACUUUAAAAUUCUCGACCUAAUCGGUGAAGGUUCAUUUGGAAAAGUUUUUAAAGCAGAAAAUAAAGAAAAUGAUACAUUUGCCUUAAAAAUUCUAAGAAAGAAGAGCAGAUCAAAUAAGGAGCUGUCGACUCUUCGACAGGAAGCUAUCAUUCAUCAGAAUCUUAAGCAUCCAAAUAUUAUACAAUUGUUUGAUUCAAUCGAAACUGACAAGGAAUUGGUAUUUGUAUGCGAGUAUGCAGUAUCGGAUCUCCACAAGUUGCUAGCAAAACAAGGAUCAUUAGGCGAAAAACGAACACAAAAAUUUUCUUGUGAUAUAAUAAGUGCAUUAAAUUAUCUCCACUCACACCGCAUUCUGCACAGAGAUUUAAAACCUCCUAAUAUUCUACUUGAUGUAGGUGACAAAGCAAAACUAUGUGAUUUUGGACUUGCUCGAAAUAUGACAUUAAGAACACAAGUUCUCACAUCUAUCAAAGGUACGCCAUUGUAUAUGGCACCAGAAGUUCUGGAUUGUCGUGGAUAUGGCCAUCAAGCCGAUUUAUGGUCGUUGGGAAUUAUUAUUUAUGAAAUGUUAACCGGCGAAACUCCAUUUCAAGCAAAAAACAUUAUGCAAUUAAUUUGUCUGAUCCAAGGAAGCCGAAUAAAUUGGCCGACCUUUCUCUCGACUUCUUGUAUUUCAUUUUUACAAGGACUUUUAGUGAAUGAUCCACAGAAAAGAAUGAAAUGGAAUGAGAUAUUAAAUCAUAAGUUCGUGAAAGAAGGCAUCUUGAUUACAACACCUGAACAAGGUUUGCCAUUCACAAAAUGUCACGACUUAAAAAAUGAAGAGCAUUCUGACAUUUCAUUUCAAAAUCCUUCAGGAACAUCAAAAAGAUAUCGAAAAAAUGAAAAUCAAACAGACAUGAAUGACGAUUCAAAUCUAAUGUCUUCUCGUGAUUCAUUAAAGGUGAACAUGAAUUUACAAAGUGACUUAGAAGAAACGGACGUUGACACGUUUAACAAUAAAUCUGAUUCCGAAGAAUUCGAAACAAGUGGUGAUGCGACAGAUCAAUGUGAGUUUUCAGAAUUAAUGGACUUCAUUGGCAAUCAAACAAAUAUGAUGAAUCUUAAUUCACCUCAACAUUAUCAAAUCGAAACACCAAGAAUUCAUAACAUUGAACAUUUCCAACCAGUUAUUGAGAAUUCCAACAUGGUAAUGCACAGAUUUAUGGAUGUUUAUCCAGAAUUGCAAAACUUUAAAAUGAUACCACAAAAUUUUGCCAUGGGAUUUUCUCCAAAUAACUUCGAUCCCAAAACGAGAACACAAAAUCCGAAAGAUUCAUUAAUUUCAACUCAAAAUGAAGACAACAACAUGAUAUAUGUUCCAAAGUUCAUUUCCGCUUCGGAGAUCAGCAAGAAAAGUGACAAAGAAGGAUUCAGUGAUGGAUUCGUAAGCGACAUUUCAAGUAUUCCAAUUGAAACAGAAGAAUGGCUUCAAUUUUUAUUGAAAGCAAUUCAAGAAGUUUUUGAUGGUGACUUAGAUAUUUAUAGUCAGGAAAAAAUGAUGACGAUGAUAAUUGCACUUCUUCGCAAUCCAAAAAUCAACAUCAAACUUAUUGAUCUUGUGAUUCAAAUUAUUUGUCUUCCAUUUACUAUCGAAAUGCCACAAAGCUUACAUGAAGAAAUCGACAAACUUUAUCUUCAAAUGAAGCUUGUUCCGAACCUCGUUUAUGCAUCGAAACUUAUUUGUAGUAGAAAAUUGACAACAACAUCAUUUGACGCAGAAUCGUUUUUGAAAAAAGAAGAAAAUAUUAAACUAAAUUCAGAUGAAUUGAAGACUGUUUCAGGUAUUUAUGAUCUUGUUGUAUUUUUGGUAUACACGAAUGAGACUUUCCUACACACUUUAUGCGAUGCCUUAUCUAUUUUAAAUGUGAAUCACAUGUUGAGAAGUCUUAUUGCUUAUUCACAUAAAGGACCUGAAAGGUUAACUGCUUCGAUUCUUUCACUUCUAUGCGUCAUUCUUAAGGAACUUCCAGAGAAUUCGAUUCUUGUUGAAAAAAUUAUUUUUCAUGAUGACAUCGAUUUAACUAAAUUAAUUAAGCAUGAAAAUAAAAAAGUGAAAUUACAAACUCUUACGUUAGUUCGACUUCUUGGGAGAUUUUGUUGUUUUUCGCUUCAAAAUUAUUUAAAACAAGAUUUUAAAAAAGCUCUCUUUAAUCUUUCACAAGAUUCUAAUAUUCCUGUAAGAGAACAAGCUGUAAAAAUUAUUGGAGAAUUUGAAGGUUUCAUCAAUUUUGAAUGAAACAAUGAUGUAAGAUCUUAUGUUGCUAUAUUUUAUGUAAAAAGAAUUCUGUCACAUUUAAAGAAUGAAAAAGACAUGAAAUGAGAAAAAGGAAAUAAAAUUAAGUGAACGAAAUUAUUUGUUUUGAAUUCGAUGAAUUUCCAUCUCAAGUUCAGCCCGUUUUUGAUUAACUUUUGUGAAAAAGUAUCGUGAAACACCUUCUUGAGUCCAAGAUUGAUAAUAAAAUUCUGACCGUCGUUCUUCUUCAGGAUUACCGACCACAUCUGUCAUUGUUUUGAGAUCGCGAGACUGUGAAACGAUCCACUUAUGAAUAAAGUUUUGUGGAUCUUUAGCGAAACUUAAGAAGAAUUCGCGAUUUGUCUUCAAUUGAUUGAUGGUAUCAACAGUUUCAUGUAUUUUCGAGUCCAAUCCUUGAAUUUCUUGUUGACUUGCUGUGCUCAACAGGAAAUUGUUCAUCUGGUUCUUUAACGUAUCGUCAACUUCGACAUCAAUAUCGUAACAUGCUGUCUGCUUGUUUUCCAUGCCACCUUCAACUGUUAUGACGUGAUUAAUAACGAUCGGAUCUGGAGGAUGAAGAAGUGGAUUCAAACGUUGAGGAAUUUCAGCGAAUUUCAUUUUAGAACAUCCAAAGAUUUGUUCCAAAUAUUUAUCGCAAAUUAUGUAUUCACGUUCAUGUGCAUCUUGAAGUUUAUGUGUCUUUAUAUAUUGCCACAAUGCAGAGAUGAUAACUGGACGCGUUUGAGUGUGUACGCCUAAAAGACGAGCCAAUCUUGGAUCCAAUUUGAAUUGAAGUGGCUGAUAGUCAAGAAGCAACAAAAUUGUACAACGUACAUUUCUAUCACCUGGACGUUUAACUUGAAAUCCAUCAGUUUCUUGUGUUGUAUGAGUUCGAUGCCAUUCAACGAGAUGAUUAUCAGGACCAUAAAGAUCUUUAUCUAGUUCGAUUACUAAAGACUUGAAAAAGCUGGAAAACUUUCUUUUAAUCUUAUUAGGAUCGUUUUUGUUGUCUUCUAAUAA